UUCCUUCGUCGAAGUUUUUGGCUUCACUUUAAGUAGGUUGUCCGAUAACAACGUCAGCAUAGUCCCAUAGAUUGUCCCCUGAUUUGUCUAGGCAUUCUUAGUCUUUGCGUAGGUUCAGUCUCGGUCUGCUGCACUAAAAAGAAAGUUUUAAAGCUUAGGAAUGGCCAGCAUAAUUGACAGCGAGGUGUUCUUGGCCUUCUCCACUUAUGCCACCAUUGUCGUUCUGAAAAUGAUGCUAAUGGCUCCGCUGACUGCAUACUUCAGGAUCACCAGAAAGACAUUUGCAAACUUGGAGGAUAUUUGGCCCGGUACAAUUCCAGAGGAGAAGAAAAAGAUGUUGCGGACCCAUGAUGACGUGGAACGUGUCAGAAGGUGCCAUCAGAAUGACCUGGAGAACAUUGUUCCCUUUGUGCUGAUUGGCCUGCUCUAUGUUCUGACGGGGCCUGACCUCUCCAGUGCCCUGCUGCACUUCCGGCUGUUUGUGGGUUCCCGGUUCAUCCACACGCUGGCCUACGUGAUGGCACUGCCCCAGCCCAGCAGGGGCUUGUCCUGGGUGGUGGGCAUGGUCACCACUUUCUCUAUGGCCUACAGGAUCCUCACCACUAUACUACUGCUGUAGGGAGAAUUCACUGUGAGAAAUUACCAGAGCCGAUUCUUGUCAUGGUGUUACUUUUAAUGUAACACGGCAUGCUGUUCACAUGCAUAGAAACAAACACCCUUCUAUCCAGUGUAAACAAGUUUACUCAAAACUGUUUUUUUUUAUACAUAGAAAUACCUCUAGAUAGUAGAAUACAGAUUCGCAUGCUAAAAUACUUAUAACAGCAAAGCAGCGUAUGUCUACGAAGAAGAAUGUCUGUUGGCAAUUACGUUUUCACUGUGACUCAGCAAUAAAGUAUACGGCCACACCACGCUAGUGGCAUUCGUGCACACGGAAUUCCUAGUAAACGCUAAACUGUUUAACUUGUGUUAAAAAAAAAAAGGUUAUACGUUUUCAAGUGUAUGGGCUACUUACGAUUGGGAAGCACAUUUUUAAAGUGUCGAAAAGUCAUUAAAGAUUUUUUUUGCGUAUUUUAA